AACCCAACCAUGUAAAAUAGGGUUUCUCUAUAAUAAUUUCGAGUGUUAGUGUUGGAGCUUGCAAAGCCGCCUCCGUCUUCCUGCUCUUCCAUCGCUCGCAUCACUCAACUGCGAAAAUCAUGGCAGACACUAAGGCAGUUACCAUAAGGACUAGGAAGUUCAUGACCAACAGACUCCUUUCCAGGAAGCAGUUCGUUGUUGAAGCCAUUCAUCCCGGUAGACCAAAUGUUUCCAAGGCUGAGCUUAAGGAAAAGUUGGCAAAGUUGUACGACGUUAAGGACCCUAACACUGUUUUUGUCUUCAAAUUCCGUACCCAUUUUGGAGGUGGCAAAUCAACCGGUUUUGGUUUGAUUUACGAUACAGUUGAGAAUGCUAAGAAGUAUGAGCCCAAAUACAGACUUAUCAGGAAUGGUCUUGACACCAAAAUAGAGAAGUCAAGGAAGCAAAUGAAGGAGAGAAAGAAUAGGGCCAAGAAGAUCCGUGGUGUAAAGAAGACCAAGGCCUCUGAUGCUGCCAAGGCUGGAAAAAAGAAAUGAGUUUUUAGUUGUCGUGUUUGUGCUUUAAGGUUGUUUUGCUUUCCAAGUUUUUUUGAUAGCUAUGUUAUCUCAUGCAUGGUCUACAAAAUGAGAUAUUUUGGUACAAUUGUUAUUGUUAAACCUUGUUUUAAUUUUUAUUUUAUUACACCGGGAUAUUUUCAGUACUAGAAUGACAUUUUUUGUUUUAUUAACUUUAUUCCUUUGGCUCUA